GCCGGAGCGCGGGUGGAGGGGGGCGGGGAGAACUGCCGGCCGCCCCGCUCCGCCAAGCCCAGCAGGAAGAAGGGCGCGAGCGGGCGAGCGCGGGUGGCGCGAGCGGAAAAAGCGUCCGCGCGGGGAAGCGAAAAGAAAGAAAGAAAGAAAACGAACGAGCGCGAGAAGGGGGAAAAGCCAGCGAUCGAGCGAGCGCGCGCAAGAAAACUCCCGGCAGCACUUUUACAUGGACCAUUGGAUGCCCAUUGAACACACUUGAGACCUGCAAGUAAUCUUCAGACGUUAGCAGAACCUUAAGACCUUUCCUUUGUGUGGGGAGGAGAUAGCCCAUGUACUGUGGAGAUGAACGGGGAGCAGCAGCUUGAUGCAGAUACUGGAUCUGGUGUGGAAGAAGUGGAAUUAAGCUGGGAGGAUUAUCUAGAAGAGACAGGGUCCACAGCAGUUCCCUAUGAGUCUUUUAAACAUGUAGACACACGUCUGCAGAAUGGAUUUGCUCCUGGGAUGAAACUGGAGGUGGCUGUGAAAACAGAUCCUGACACCUACUGGGUUGCCACCAUCAUUACCACUUGUGAGCAGUUGCUCCUCCUCCGCUAUGAUGGCUAUGGAGAGGAUCGGAAAGCAGAUUUCUGGUGUGACAUCAGGAAGACUGAACUCUACCCUAUUGGGUGGUGUGAGCAGAAUAAGAAAAUCCUUGAAGCCCCAGAAGGCAUCAGAGAUAAAGUGGCUGAUUGCAGUGCCUUUCUGCGGCAGACCCUGAUGGGAGCAUGUAGUCCUCCCGUUCCAUUGCUAGAGGGCCUCCGUAAUGGGAGGAAUCCUUUAGAUCUCAUUGCUCCAGGUUCCAAGCUAGAAUGUCAAGCUUUCCGGGACACUUUAAGCACUUGGGUUGUUACUGUGAUAGAAAACAUCGGCGGAAGGCUGAAGCUGCAGUAUGAAGGACUUGGAAGCUCUGACAGUUAUGAACACUGGUUGUAUUACUUGGAUCCAUUUCUUCAUCAUGUUGGUUGGGCUACUCAACAGGGAUAUGAGCUUCAGCCCCCAUUAGCCAUCAGACAUCUGAAAAAUGAAGCAGAGUGGCAAGAGAUCUUGGCCAAAGUGAAAGAAGAGGAGGAAGAGCCAUUACCAUCUUACUUAUUUAAGGACAAACAAGUGAUUGGCAUUCAUACAUUCUCUGUAAAUAUGAAAUUGGAAGCUCUGGACCCCUGGUCUCCUUUUGGGAUCUGUCCUGCUACAGUUGUUAAGGUUUUUGAUGAGAAGUACUUUCUGGUGGAAAUGGAUGAUUUGCGGCCAGAGAAUCAUACACGGCGAUCUUUUGUGUGUCAUGUUGACAGUCCUGGUAUUUUUCCUGUGCAAUGGAGUCUGAAGAAUGGUUUACACAUCAGCCCCCCUCCUGGCUAUCCCAGCCAGGACUUUGACUGGGCCGACUACCUCAAACAGUGUGGUGCUGAAGCUGCUCCCCAGAGGUGCUUCCCUCCGUCAGUUUCUGAGCAUGAAUUUCAGGAGAACAUGAAGCUCGAGGCAGUGAACCCAGUUCUCCCUGAAGAAGUUUGUGUUGCCACCAUUACUGCAGUGCGUGGCUCCUACCUAUGGCUCCAGCUGGAGGGUUCUAAGAAGCCCAUACCUGAAUUUAUUGUGAGUGUAGAAUCUAUGAAUAUCUUCCCUUUGGGUUGGUGUGAAACCAAUGGCCACCCACUCAGCACUCCUCGCCGAGCACGAGCACAUAAACAGAGGAAAAUUGCAGUGGUUCAACCAGAAAAACAAAUAUCAUCCUCUAGGACUGUCCAUGAGGGCCUAAAGAAUCAGGAGCUGAACUCUACAGACUCAGUCACAAUUAAUGGAAAAUAUUGCUGUCCAAAGAUAUACUUCAACCAUCGUUGCUUCUCAGGGCCAUACCUUAACAAAGGAAGAAUUGCUGAGCUGCCUCAAUGUGUAGGACCUGGGAACUGUGUUCUUGUCCUCAGAGAGGUCCUCACUUUACUUAUCAAUGCAGCCUAUAAACCCAGUCGUGUCCUUCGGGAACUCCAGCUGGACAAAGAUUCUGUAUGGCAUGGAUGUGGGGAAGUCCUAAAAGCCAAAUAUAAAGGAAAGAGUUAUCGGGCUACCGUUGAGAUAGUGAAAACAGCUGAUCGGGUGACUGAAUUCUGCCGACAAACCUGUAUCAAACUGGAGUGCUGUCCUAACCUCUUUGGUCCACGGAUGGUUCUGGAUAAGUGUUCUGAGAACUGCUCUGUACUUACAAAGACCAAAUACACACACUAUUAUGGAAAGAAGAAAAAUAAAAGGAUUGGAAGGCCACCUGGUGGGCAUAGUAACUUAGCAUGUGCCCUGAAAAAAGCCAGUAAGAGGAGAAAGAAGCGGAAAAAUGUUUUUGUUCAUAAGAAGAAACGCUCCUCUACAUCUGUUGAUAACACCCCAGUGGGCUCUCCUCAGGGAAGUGGGGGUGAAGAUGAGGAUGACCCAGAUGAAGGGGAUGAUGAUUCCCUAAGUGAGGGCAGUACAUCUGAGCAGCAGGAUGAGCUACAGGAGGAGUCAGAAAUGUCAGAAAAAAAGUCAUGCUCCUCCUCUCCCACCCAAAGUGAGAUGUCCACAUCUCUGCCUCCGGACAGAGAAAGGAGGAAAAGAGAGCUUCGCACUUUUUCAUUUUCUGAUGAUGAGAAUAAACCUCCUUCACCAAAGGAAAUCAGGAUUGAAGUUGCUGAAAGGCUUCACCUGGACAGUAACCCCCUGAAGUGGAGUGUGGCAGAUGUUGUGCGGUUCAUCAGAUCCACUGACUGUGCCCCACUAGCAAGGAUAUUCCUAGACCAGGAAAUUGAUGGACAGGCUCUGUUGCUCCUUACCCUUCCCACUGUUCAAGAGUGCAUGGACUUAAAAUUGGGCCCUGCCAUCAAGCUCUGCCAUCACAUAGAGAGGAUCAAGUUUGCUUUUUAUGAGCAGUUUGCCAACUGAGAAGGCCAACCAAAGUGAACUGGAUCUUUGAAGCACAAAUGCAGUGAAUCCUUUGCCCCGCUCAAGAAGGGAAGCUGAAAUAGUCCUGGAGCUCUUGGCCCUGCGGGUGUCAGCUUACUCUCUUUGCACUUUCCAGGAAGGAGGACCCAUACCAAGGAAGCAAAAACUGUGCACAGAAGUAGUUCUCCUGCCAGUGGAAAUGUGGGCAUCUCCUGUUCGGCAGUUUGAAGUUUUAAAAAAAUAAGGGUUGUGAGGAAAAGACUCAUGUAAGAAGAAGAAGCAUUUCCAGUGGUGUGGCCUGAACACAAAGAAGAAUCUAGGCUGUUGGAAAGCAUCCUUUUGGUUGUUUUUUUUUUUUCUAUUCUUUCCCAUGGUAGACUGAAUUUUGUUCUCUGCUUUCUCUUCCUUAGAAAGAGAGGACUUAGCUUUAAGAUGGCACUGAUUGGGACUGUGUUUAAGGCACAUCAGUGCUUCAUUGUUAUUGUGUUUUUAAGCUUUUCUAAAUUAAAGCAGUUCAUUUUGGGGAUGAUUAUAUGGCUCUAGGGUUUUGAAUGUACAGUCACACUUUGAUCCAUUUUAAAAUCUAUUCCUAGGAGUUCCUUUGUUUCUACCUCUGUUGAUAACUGAGCUUACAGCCAUGUAUGAAAUAUUUUGUAUGAUGCCAUUUUAAAGCUAUGUUAACACUAAAAUUGUGAAAGAAAAGAAAUUGAAAGGAAAAAGAACUGCUUUCUUAAAAACAUUGUGUGGGCAUUUACACCUGUUUCCUACUAAUCUAAGAACUCUGAUGCCAUUGUUCUUCCAUCAUGACCCAGCUUGGGCUACCGUUUUAAGUAGCUUCUCAAAUAUUGUUGGUAUUUUGGUUAAAUUGCUCUCUGAGGGACUUCAGUGGCUUUUAUUUUGACUUUACUGUCCUCUACAGUUGUUUGUCUAACUAUACUUCAUUUCUAGAGUCCUUAUUUUGGGUGGAAAUCAGCAGGUAUUCCUUGGACCCAAAAUAAAGCCUGUUUCCAUUCCUUUCUCAGUGUAUCCAGGUAGAUAAUGUAGAAGCACGAAAGAACAACCAUUUUUAGAGGCUGAUGCCAAGUGUAGCGUUUCUAUAGCAGUGUCCUCAGUAUCUGGAUAAAGAGCGAGAGGUGUUUUUGGUUAAAAAACCAAGCCACGUUCAUGCUUUUCUUCAGUUAAACCUUUAAAAUGAAUGUAAUCUACAGUCCGAGAAUUCCCACUCAACAACUCAGUAGUCUUUUAGGAGUUUCUAAUGACACAGCUCAAGUUGGCAUGAAACUCCAGGCAAAUUUUCACUUAGGAUUGCAUUGCCAACUAUUAUAGAAUAAUAGCAUUUGAUGUACUGUUCCAGGCAUGGGGAAUGAGGAAUGACAUACAUUGCCUCCUAUAAAUGUUUUGCUUUGCUGAAUGUUUUUUGGAAUAUCCAGUCACCAGCAAAUGAUAACCUAAUCAUCUAUCUUCAAUGUUUGAAAAUAUUUUAAAACUAUAAACUGGGCAAAUUCUAAAUAGCUGUACAAAUAGGUAAUAUUAUUACAAAUGUUUAAACUGAUGAUUUUUCCUUUUCUUUCUCUUCCCCAUCCUAACCCCCCACCACCACCACCACCACCACACACACACCUGUUUUUAUGGACAUCAGCAAACAGCCUACAGUCUUGAUCAUCUCUUUAUUGGAUAAUUCAUGAACCACUUUAAGUCUUCUAACCAAAUCUUAUAUUAAAGCUUCAACCCUUUGCUUAGAUUACUACCAGAUAUAUUUGGAAAGAAGAUUCAUUUAAGUAAAAGUUAAUAUGUUUGCAUUUACUCAGAGAUCCAAUUUUUCAAAUUUAAUUAAUUCCAUGCUCACAGAAGAGAAGCUUAUAUAAAGUGCAUGUGGACAAUUAGCAUUAAGCAGGUAGACAUUUGGGAAGUGGUUGUAAUGAUCUUGCUUGACAAAAUUUCCUGAGAGUUCAGCAGUCAGAGGGUCCCCUGAAGAUGAUCAGAGGAACAAAAACUUCUGGAACUAAUGUUUAGGGGCUCACAUUGUUACCUAAUUUAGGGAAAUGAAAUGUAUUUCGUAUUAAGAGAGAAUUUACCAAACUCAACAACAAUGAAUAUGUGAUUUUGUUUCUUUUUUGACUUCUAUAGAAACCACUGAAUUGAGAACCACCUCCCUUCACUGAAAAGAGAAAAGCAGUACCUUUAAGUAGUUUCUGGUCAUGAGAGAGUCGGGCCCAACAGGCUUUCAAUCCUCAUACUCUAUCCAUAUAGUGAUUAUUCAAGCUCAACUUUCGCCUAGAGGGAGAAGCUGACUAUAGUUGGGACGAGUAAGUGGGAAUUCCCUUAAUGUUUCGUUUAUUCUCCUAUUGAUAAAUAGUUUAUCAGGCAACUACAUCAAAGAAUUAUAUUCUCUCAGCCCCCACUCCCAAAUAUUACAUGAGAGAAUAACUGUCUGGUAAUUUGGCACAGGGCAUUUGUUUAAGUAUGAAAUUUAGAUUCCAUUUGUCUCAUAAAGCUGCUGGUGCUGGGAUAGACAGUAGUGACAACCUGAUUCCAGGGAUUCUGAAACAGAUUUUCAGCCUGAUAAAAGCUUACCCUGUUGAGAUUAAACAUUGGUAUGUUGCCAAAAGGGACUUGUUUUUUAAAGAGGCCAGUCUCUUAAAUUUAUGAGAUGUGCAUUGUGAGGGAAUUGAAUUUGUCUGGAUUUUACCUGCAGUUGGCCCCAAAGCCUGCCUGAUAUCAGAAAGGAAAAUUUCCUGUUUUUGAAGCUUGGCAACAGGUCAUUGGAUUAUAUCUUCAUCCUGGCUCUUGACAGGCUUAACAAUAUUAGCCUGUAUUAGUAUGUUAGACAUACCUUUUACUGCAUUUGCAGAUUUGCUGUGACAUUCUGACUAUAUUUUGUGGGCUUCUGGGAAUAUGGUAUUUUUUGUUGUAAACCACAUUCAUCCUUCUCAGUAUAGCAGAAUUUAUGUGGCUAACGCAGGGAUUGCCUUAUUGGGGAGCUGUAGCUUUUACCCUAUUUACCUUUCUUUUGCAGUGUAGGUGGUUCCCAGCAUCUAUUUUAUAGAUAUAUGAGGUCAGGGAAGGGGACUUACCGACCUCUGGAAGAGAUGAACUUCUUGGUAAAUAUUUUUGAUUUAUGAUAGAGGUAAACAGGGAAAACCAGUUCAGAACUUGGCAUUUAUAUGCCUCUUCUCCUAGAAGUAGAAUUAAUCUCACUAUGAGAGAGAGAGAGAGGGCAUUGCACAAUAGCUUCCUGGAACUUGAUUAUAUUUUACUCUUCUCCAGUACCAAUUCAGUGGUAUCUGUAAAAGCUGUAGGAAGGCCCUAAGUGGGUUAGGACCCAGAACCAUUCCCAUCUCUCAAGCCAAAAAGUGUUUCUGGGGAACACACAGAACAUUGGGGAAUCACUAACAAAGUAGAUAGAUGGGAACAUUGGGAAAACCAUCACUUACAUCUCCUGUCACCAAAGACAUAUUUAAGACACCCUUUACUGGUCCGAUUAAUUCUCACAGAAAUUCUUGAGAGUUGUUAGAAGCUUAGCCUCAACAGUGAAAACCCACUCUGGAUUUGAACUCUGGACCUAUAUGUUGGGGGUGUUCUCUGUGUGUGUGUGUGCAUGUGUGUGCAAAUUCAGAACUGUUCUGUGUUAUCAGUAGAUUUGUUGGCCUUAUGAAGCUGUAAGAGAAGGCAUCACUAAUGGAAGUGAAGUAUAAAUCUUGGUGGAGACCAGUGCCCCUUAAAAAACAAAAGUAUUUCUUUGGUCCUGUAUCCACUGUAAGUAACCAUGUGCCAUAGUCAUGGUUCUAACUCAGAAACUUUAGAACAGAGGGCAGAGGGCCUCCUGUAAAACCAAAAUGGAAUCAGUCACUUUCAUACAAUUAUAAUUCAUCCUUGACUUUAUUCACUUUAAAAUGUUUUGCUAAGGAAUUCUCAUGAAUCCCAUCCCUUGUAUGAGAAUGUACAUAUUUUAGAAAUUUUGAAUUUAUCCAAAUAAGCCACCUAUGAACUUGGAGCUUUGGCAGAAAAGUUCCAAACUCAAAGCCCAGUCUAAAUGGAACUGGUUUCAAACCUACUCCCUUGGGGUAUUUUCCUCAGUACUUGUUCCAGACCCCACAAAUAGCCAGCCUUGUUUCUGAGGAGAGCAUUUGGGGUGCAGGUGCAGAAGGUGCCAGGUGGUGAAUGCACUGGAGAGUGAUUUUCUUGGUUGUGGUGUUUCAGAAGUCUUAGAUUUUCACAAGAACCAACAAAACCAGGAGGGGGCUUGGGAGUAUGGAGAAGUAGGCCUAAAACUCCCUCUUUUUUUGCUUUUUCUGACUUAACACACCAAUUGGGUCUUUCUUGGUGCUAUGGCCCAUCACAAGGGGCUAUUUUAAAAAGGGAACAAGUCGCAACCUUGCUGGACAAGUCUUCAAUGCCAGCAGUAAAGCACUGACCCUGAGCCAUGUGAGAAAGAGUCUCUAAUUCUGGGUGCAAAGGAUGAUGCUGACUAGUGAAAUGCCACCAUUGCUGAUAAGGAUGCCUGUUCUUGGGAUCUGUAGAAAUGCCAGGCCUAAGGGUUUCUAUAUGGCUUAUUCAAUUAACUGCAUGACUCACUUAGCAGAAUUUUGGUGGAUAAACGGUAUUGAAAGGGUGAGGGUAGGUUUUAGGGGCAAAUCAAGUCACAAAGCCUGACUAUUGAGAGUGGUCAUGAAGUUCAGGCAAAGUUAAAACUAGGCAGUUCAUUAGCUCCUUUUGCAAGAAGUUUCUGGGGGAAAGUAGUCUGAAUGUUUCUCUUCAGAGUUUUAAGUGCUCAUUUCUUUUCCUUCCCUUCUCCCUUUUUUUGGUUGAAUAUUCUCUAAAGACAAUCAGAGGCCUGCCAGGGAGGGACUCCUGGCUGGUUCCAGCACUGUCCUUAGGCCUCUUUUUAAUAAUAACUCCUUGGAACCAAUGCACUUUGUUUAAUAUAUUUUGCCUUUUUUUUUAAGCUACUUGUUUGCAACAAAAUGAAAUGCAUUUUGCAUUGUAUCUCUCUUGCUCACUGUUUUGCCCCCUUAAUUUCAAAAGUUACACAUUGAGGAUAAAGUACUCUUAAGGAGAAGUAUGCACAAGUAUACCUAUUAAAAUAACUCCCCUGAAGUUCGAUGGUAUAACUUCAAAAGAUUAAAAAAAAAACUAUUUUGGAUGAAUAUUUUGUGUGGUUUUGGUUUUGUAAAUAAGAGUGUAUAUAUAAAGGUGUGGUAUAUUAUUUUAAAGUGGUUAUGAGAAAAUAAAAGAAAACACAUCUUAAGCUAUAUUUAACUUCAUUUGUGCUGAUCUGAUAGCAAUGAAGAUGUCUUGUCCAGAAAAAAAUCCUUCAACAAAUUUUCCAGUGGGGCCUCAGCAAAUCGUCUCUGGAUGGAGGAGAAAGUUCCUUCCUACUUUAAUAAAAUGAGUCUUUCUAGAACUCCCCCUGCUCUCCUGCUAUCUGAUUCUUGCUCUUCUGGGUUGAUGUACUUUUUUUAUUCCAGUUUGGAAAAGGUAGGAAGAGCAGAAUUUCCUGUAUCACACUUACUCCUGGCACUGAGAAUUCUGCCCCUAAUCUCUGAAGACUGCUUCUUGUUCAUCUACACUAGCCAUGAUACAACAGCAAUGGGCCUUCAGGAUUCCUCUGCAUCUGGAUGUGUAGAGCAGUGUUUUGUUAAAAACUUCAUUUUUCAGCUCUGUGUGCAGUUUACCUUGAGCUCUCUGUGUUUUCAAGCAAGUAAGAGCCCUCUUAUGACAGACUACAAUCUCUUCUACUUUAAGUACAUAUUCUUUUGUUCAGUUCUCUCUGAAGAAUCGUAACUGUUGAACAUUCUCAUAAUAUCCCUUCUAAGACCUAAAGACAAUAAUGCAAUUUUCCUUUACCUAUGUGUUUUCUUACCCUAAUUUUCUGUGUAUGUCCAUGGUCAAUACUUGUGGAGAGUUUUAAUUUUUAUAAAUUAAAAUUCAAUUUAAUUUAAAAA